AUGCCAACCCUUGACGAUCAAGUAUUGAACAGGAGUGGUCGGCACCUUGAUGGAGCUUAUGAUCAAAGAAGAGCACGAUCCAGCUCUCCCAUCAAAAAGAGAAUCACUCGUGUGGAUCUUCCUCCCAUACCUUAUGCCACCGAAGAAGACAUCAAAUCGGUCUCUUCUGGAGGUUCAAGAGUCAGCGAUGAGCUCAAACUCCUUUCAAAGUCUCCGCUAUCAAAACGCUUGCAUAUCAAUGCUGCUGGCUCUGGCAGCAAGUAUGUGAUUCCCAUUCCAUUUACUCUUCAGUUGCCCCCAAAAUUGAGUCCGAGGAACAGAACCCCGGCAUCUUCUUGUGCUCUGUCUCCUGAACGCCAAAAGUCCCCCAGUCGUCUCAUGUACACUGGGAGUGGAUACGAAAUGGUUGACUCUGAUGACGGUAAUAGUUUCCUGGAAGCUCAACUCAACAAGGCUAUUGCCAUGUCUCCAAAGACACCCACCAAAUCUCCAAGUGGUCCCAAGGGAAUUUAUACCAAACCCAAAAAAGAUCUUGACGAAAUGAGUGUGAUCAAUGAGGUUCCCAGCGCUGGAAAUUCUCGUGCAUCAAGUUUGCAUUCAAGGCUUCGUGAGCUUGCUCAGGAAACUCCACCUGCUGUUCCUGCAAAGCCUGUAAAAUCCAUGAAAACUUCCAAGUCUGGACCAAUACAUCCGGUUCCUUAUCCAAUGGACUUGGAAGCAGAGAAGCUUCGCUUCGGUUCAGUAAACCUUCAAAGAAAACCUCCUCCGGCUGCCCAAAAUGACCAUCAAUUGCAAAAGACCACUACAAUUGCAAACUUCUCCCAGGUAAGAGACUCUGACAAUUCCCCAUAUAGAGAGCAAAUUCGACUUUUCAGCGAAGGGUCGGCUGUCUCUUCCUCAAGGUCCUUCAGCUCCGUUGAAGAGGCUGUUCGUGGUCGACUGGUGUCCGAUUUCAGACGAGGGUUUGGCAAUUUUCCUAACAAGGACGAAAGUGUGGUGGCAGAAUCUGAUUCUGAGUCCACUUCUGCAUCGUACUCCGAGUCAGAAAAUAGCUCCAUUACAGCGAGCUCAGCAUCUUGGGACUCGCUCCAGAACAGUGUCGAUAUUACUAUUGGUGAUGGUAAGUCCAUGGUAGCAGAAGAGUCAGCUGAAGAUUCUCAAAUAGAAUCUGAAGGCGAAGAUUCAUGGACAGACUCCAGUGUGGAAAAUGCGUCCGAAACAAAUAAGAAUACCGUCGUCAAUAGCCUUUACUUGUCCAAUGUCGACCUUCCAAUAUCUGUUGAGCGGAAAGCGACACUGGAAAGUGAAAAGCUGAAGAAACCAGACGACGACGUCACCUCACAACCAAUCUUGAGCCACGGAAAUAAUGGCGCAGGAAGAGAGUUCAGCUUUCCGAAUAAUACCACUAAUAUCACCAACAGCCCUUCUAUAAAGUCCCGCAAGGACCCAUAUGAGAACAAGUCCACAAAAUUCAAUUUCUCCACCUCUGCUGGACAGAUUGAAAUUCCUGAUAUUGAUAACCUUAGUUCCAACUACAAUUGGAGUGAGAGUUCUCAAUACUUAGCUGUAUAUCAAGGCACUAAAGAGGACGCUCGAGAAACUAAAGAUGAAUCAAGUUCCAAGUCAGAGGCUGGACUGCUGGUAUUGGAGCCCAUAGGAUUUCCUAGUCAAGCUGCCAAACAGGUGGUUCAACUUCAAUUUCAAAACAUGUACCAUGGCUCCGAUGCUGAUUCGGACAGUGGUAUGGAAUCAAUUACCUAUUCCGCAUACUCAACUACUCCAAAAUCUAAAUCAACUCCAUGUCUUUCGUCAGGAACCCAGAAGUCUCUUCCUCCAUUACCUCAAGAAGUUACCGAAACUCAACCACAAUUGCAGCCUCCUGUCAACAUGAGAGCAAUGGGCCACAGACGGGGCCAUACCAGAUCCAAGUCUGUCGACCUAGACAGUUUGUUCUCAAUGAAUAUGAGAGAAUCAGUGAGAACGAACGAGCCUUCAAAAUUUGAAAGUGUGAAAGAUACUGAAGAAACGGAAAACAUUAUCGUCAACGAGCCUCCGAAAAAGAUCUCCUACGAGGUAGACUUUACAGAGGUCGAGAAGGGUGAUGACGAAAUGCAGACUCCACAUGGAUUGGACCGCACAUUCACUGAACAUCUCAGAAAGACGUUAGGAAAAAUGGAGAAGCUUGACUUGAAGGGUAAAGCUACCAAUGACAUCUAUAUUCCCCCACGACUGUCUGAGAAAACGGUUCCAUCUUUCGAGCGUCAAAUGUUCAGGCUCCCUCCAAAGCCAAGAUUUGACGACAAUUCGUCGAAUUCUGCUACCAGCUAUCAGUCGAGUAGAUCAGCUAUUAGCAAUGACUCUACUGCUGCUUCAGACACAGAAAGUGUGGUAAUAGAUUUGACAGAAGACAAAUUCGACAUAUGCACUGUGAAGAGAAAUAACUCCACCGCAUCUUAUAUGUCAAUCACAGAGAAGACAAAGGAAGGUAAGCCAGUUGAAGUUGUCUUGGUCGACGACGACCAAAAGGAUGAGUUGGAGAGUAUCUACUCCAAAUAUCGCAACGACAAUUGGUUAUUCAGAACCAACUCUACAACCUCAUCAUCAGCUUCUUUCUCCAGCGGUGCUUCUUUCGACUCGAAUGCCAGAUCUGAAACAGCCUUGAAGCUCAAACCGAGAGACCAAUUAGCGGCAAUUGGCCGUCCUCUGAUAUCUCAGAGAUACCAGAAGAGUUUGGCUGUUCCUGGAAGGGAACUUUCAAAAUCAAGCAGCCGCUAUUCCAAUCGUCGUUACUCCAAAUUGCAGACCAUUCGCCAAGCUGAAGGACAGAAUCAACUCCCGAUUGUUCAAGAGAAAUAG